AUGGAGGAGGUCUGGAAAGACAUCAACCUCGCCUCGCUUUCCAACGCCAACAACAGUCCCAACUUCAGAAACAUGACCCUCCAGGACUUUCUCGCUAGGCCCUUUGCCAAUGUGGUCUCUCCCACACCUGAUCACCACCAUCACAACAACAACAACCACAUCACUCUUAACUCUCCUCCUCCUCCUCCUCCUCCUCCUCCCCCAGCCACUGUUCUGAGCUUGAACCAUUUGGACUCUGAUCAGUUUCAGCUCUUCUGUAUUGAGAAUCUCAAUACUACUAGGCCUUUUGUCAACCUCAACCACCCCAAUACUAGUACUGUUUCCGAGAAAUCUUUCAAUGGUGCUUACCCUUUCGAGGGUCUUGGAAGCCAAUCUUCUCCUUCUCCUGGGUUGGUUAUGCCGUCGGGUUUUGGCUACGGGAAUGAGAGGUUACCGGAACCUGAUGAUCGUAGCAACUUCGGAGGAGGAGAUAGGAGGCACAAGCGGAUGAUCAAGAAUAGAGAAUCUGCUGCAAGAUCCAGAGCAAGGAAGCAGGCUUACACGAACGACCUGGAGAUUAGGAUUCAGCUUUUGAUGGAAGAGAAUGAGAGGCUGAGAAGAGAGAAUGAACAGUUAAGUGAUGCAGCAGCUUCUCAACUGCCCAAAAAGCACAGUCUGAAUCGAUCAUCAACAGCACCAUUUUGA